UAGAGUGGUCCUCCAGAGAGCGGGUCGCUCCGCCGGUGGCACCUGAAUUAGCUAACAAGAUGACCAGAAAUGACGCCUUCUAGAGCUACUUGAGCACCCGAGGUAAGGUAGGUAGCUUUAAUAAUACCCACGCGGCAUUUGCUCCUUGUAGGACCAUCUCCUCGCCUCUCGUCGGGUCUUUCUCGGGAUCCACUGCCCAUGACGCCCUCUCACCAAGCUGAGAGCGCGAGUAAAUGUGGCGUGCUACGAGAAACCAUCCGAUUGACGACUCCGGCAGCUGAGUGGCCUGAUUUGAUGAACGGCAUCCUGCGCGGCGGGCGAUGCCUUGCAGGGCCGCGGGCGCGGGAUUUGAAACUUCGGCGACUGGUAUCAACGAUUUGAUCCGAACCGGACGCCAACCAUCCCCCUCCCUCUCUCGCCUAAGCCUGGGCCAGCUGAAUUUGGCAAUUCUUGGGGCUUGGGUCGCGGGCGGCCUUGUGCCGAGGUGGUAACAUGGUGCACGCCGAGACGCCUUGGCCCGGGCUUUGAACGCUCGUCCCGCGAGAUGGUUGACAGCAGCGCCUGUCAGGACGACAUCAGGGCGUGUCUGUCAAAUGCCGAUGGCUAGCUGGGAGAACACAUUCGCGUUUGCAUGGUGGCCGCGGUAUUGACUGGAGAUGAUGUUGCUUAGACGUUGUGAUCUCAUUCGUGUAUAUAAAUGAGGUGAGACCCGGAAUCGAACCUACCAUUUCCUCAGCAUCCAGAGCACCCUGAGAAAACACCAGCCAUCUCAUCCAGAAAAUCCCAUUCCAGAUAGUAAUCUACUUUGCAUCCCCAAAAUGCCCAUCACCAAGUACAAGGCCGCGGCUGUCACCUCCGAGCCAGGGUGGUUCGAUCGUGAAGCCGGCGUCCAAAAGACCAUAAACUUCAUCGUGGAAGCGGCCGAGGCAGGAUGCAAACUCGUCGCGUUCCCUGAAGUCUGGAUCCCCGGCUACCCCUACUGGAUGUGGAAGGUCACGUACCUCCAGAGCCUGCCGAUGCUCAAAAAGUACCGCGAGAACUCGCUCGGGGUCGACUCGGACGAGAUGCGGCGGAUCCGGCGGGCGGCGCGCGACAACAAGAUCUUCGUGUCCAUGGGCUUCUCCGAGAUCGACCACGCGACGCUGUACCUGGCGCAGGUGCUGAUCGGGCCCGACGGCGAGGUGCUCAACCACCGGCGCAAGAUCAAGCCGACGCACGUCGAGAAGCUCGUCUACGGCGACGGGUCCGGCGACACGUUCCAGUCGGUGACGCAGACGGACAUCGGGCGCGUCGGGCAGCUCAACUGCUGGGAGAACAUGAACCCGUUCCUCAAGGCGCUCAGCAUCGCGGCCGGCGAGCAGGUGCACGUGGCCGCCUGGCCCGUGUACCCGGGCGUAGAGCGCCGCGUCGAACCGGACCCGGCCACAAACUACGCCGACACGGCCUCGGACCUGGUCACGCCCACGUACGCGCUCGAGGCCGGCGCCUGGACGCUCGCGCCCUUCCAGCGCCUGUCCGUCGAGGGCCUGGCCAAGAACACGCCCGAGGGCGUCGAGCCCGAGACGGACCCGACCCCCUACAACGGCCACGCGCGCAUCUACCGGCCCGACGGCAGUCUGGUCGUCAAGCCGGCCAAGGACUUUGACGGCCUGCUCUUUGUCGACAUCGACCUCGACGAGACCCACCUCACAAAGGUCCUGGCCGACUUUGCCGGCCACUACAUGAGGCCGGACCUGAUCAGGCUCCUCAUCGACACCCGCCGCAAGGAGCUCAUCACCGAGGCCGACCCUGAGGGCGGCAUCAAGACCUACAGCACCGCCCACCGCCUUGGCCUCGACCGGCCCCUGGACGCCCCCGCGGGCGGGAGGGCGAACGGCAGGGUGAACGGCAAGGAGGCCAGCAAUGGCACUUCUGACGCCUUGUGAAUUGGCAACGACAUUUUACGGGCGGGUAAUCAGUAGAGUCUAGAUAGCCCGGUUCUGGUCGAUAUAGGUGUUGUCGUGUUAAUAAACCCCGCUCAUCCCUUAUAUCUCAUUGCUUUCCACACAGUCAAGGUAGAAAUUCCAUGCCA